GUUCCUAAAUUUACAAAUUUGCCCCCAUAUAACACAAAAAACUAAAAUUCUGAAGAAAACGAGUAUAAAUCCAUAACCGCCAUAGUUGAACUAAAGAUUUUUCUGGGUCCUUCGUCAGUAAGUCUUUAAAUUACUACUCGUCCACAUAUCAUUUUCCAAAUAAUUAAAAACUUCCCUAUUUAUUCUCUUUCUAAAAAUUUGAAAUAUAUUUAUAGCUCUAUUUUCAGUAAAUUUCUAAACCAAACUCUUCUCUCCUUUCUUUCUUUCUUCUAUAAUCCUUAUUUCCAUUAGUUUUUAGAGUUUUAUGAAAGUAUUUUUAAUCUUAAACAGAUUUGAAAAGAUUAUCGGUUAUUGAAUCUCUUAUUAAAAAUGGCGUUAACAAAGAGCUUGAGUUUUUCACUGAAAAGAAAAAGAGUACUAAUUGAUAAUAAUAGCUGUAAUUUGGAGCUAUUUGGUGCAGAUUACGAGUCUUAUUCUACUCCUUUGAAGAGAUUUUGUAGUGGUGAUGAGCAGUUUUUUGAUGAGCAUAUUAGCAAAGAAACCUCAACUUCUUCUUCGCCUCGUGAAGUUCACUUUUUUGGUGAGCAUAUUAGCAGUGAAACGUCAACUUCUUCUUCCUCUCUCGAGAAUUUGCCUUAUGAAGUUCUGAUUAAAGUUGUUUGUUGCGUAGAUCAUGACGACCUCAAACGACUAAUUUUAGUCUCUAAAAGAGUUAUGGAAGCGACAUUAGAAGCAAAAGAGUCUCAUUUUGCUUACAGUACACCAUCAAAGACGAAAGUGUUUAAAAAUUCAAUUGAUUUGGUGAAUAAUCCAAUGGAAUUUGAAGAAACUGAAGCUCCAAAUGCUCCAAAUCAAGCUAGGAGAAAGUGUCGUUCUCCAAUUGAUCGAAAAAUACUCGACAAUAUUGCAGUCGCAUUGUUCUCUGACGAUGAAGAGCAAGAACAGAGGUGGCCUAGGAGGAGCUUAUUCAUGUAGCAGUUGAGUUUUUCCAGAAAUAAUCCUUAAUUUUUUUUCUAUUUAGUAAGAUACAAUUAGAAUUUCCAAUGUAAGUAAAUUAGGCAUACAGUUUUUGAAUUUUCUGUUAAAAUCAAAAUUUAAAAAUAAAAAAAAUUGUAUAAAUUUGGUUCACCAUAUUUUAGUAUGUAUUAAUUAAUAAUAGUAAAUAUAUAUUACUGUUAGAUUGAUGCAUAUUAAAAUAGUGUGGACUAUAUUUAUACGAAACAUGUACGGAAAAUACAUCAAUUUGUACAAAAUUAAAGCCACAAUUUUGUUUUUAUUCUUCAAUAAUAUGGUCAUUGAAGAUAUGAAAAUAUAAUAGUUGCUUGUAUCUUAUAGUGUAAUAUAAUUUUUGAUAUUGUGAUGUUAAUUAUGGAAAUUGUUUUUGUUAA